CAGAAACGCACUCCAGUCACUCCUAAUCACUGUCAACUAUCAACGGCCGUGAUUGAGAGCGUCCUGCGACUACAAACAAUUGUCUCCUUUUCCUUUCAUGAGAAGUUUGGAGUUGUUGUUAAAUUUGGACCUUAUAAACCAACACUGGAUUUACAUUUGAAGAAAAACAAGUUAUUUUCAUGUCGGAGUAAAGUGGAAUACUUAUCAAAUCUUCACAAGGAAAUACUAAACGUCGCACGGAAUCGCAAUCAUGUUUCUUUAUGAACUUGUCUCACACGUCAGCAUAUGUUUCGCAUCUUUAUAAACUUAAGCAUGUAACCUCUUGUUGCAUUUAGUAAGCAGAACAUGUCUCUGUUCCUUAGUAAAUGCGUUCAGAUUUCCUAAAGACUCGGGAUUUGCGUCUCUCCUCUAGUAAAGUUCUGCAACUGGUUUUAACUCCAAACUGAGUCUCAUAUCAGCCGCCCACAAGAGCUGGUCGACUUCAGUCAUGAAUGUGCCAAGGUGCUCUGGAGUUUGCGCUAUGAUGAGACUUCUGGCUCUGUUUAUACACGUUAUGUCAACGACAGCAAAGAGACACGUUGUAUAUUGGAACUCUACAAAUACACGGUUAACAGGAGAUGAUUACUCCGUCCAGGUCAAUCUGAGUGAUUAUCUGGAUAUACUGUGUCCACAUUAUCCUGCCGACCACCCGUUGAGCGGCCCUGUGGAGACUCUGGCUCUCUACCUGGUGGCUGAGGGCCAGUUCAGGGGCUGCGUGGAGACUAAAGAGGCCAUUAAGAGAUGGGAGUGCAACCAGCCGUUCGCUCCCUAUGGCCCUGUCAGAUUCUCUGAAAAGAUCCAACGCUUCACACCCUUCUCCCUGGGCUUUGAAUUCCUGCCCGGACACCAUUACUACUAUAGCUCACUAUCCACAGACGACGGACCCCCCCUCCCAUGUAUGAAACUACGAGUCACUGUGUGUUGUCCACCGACAACAUCUGAAUCAUCAAGACAAGAAACCACAGAGAGACCGUCACACAGCAGCGCUGUCCAUCCUGUGACAGUCGGACGACUUUCUCUCCUCUUAUUCCUCUUGUUGCCUUAUUUUCUCUAAUAUCUCUUCUUAAAACUUAUAACCUGAAAACAAGUGCUCUGUUGCUGCAGAUAUUCCUCUGUAGCCAGUUGCGUUACAGUAAAUGCUUGUUCUACUUCUGUGGAUUACACACACACACACACACACACACACAAACACACACAGACAGACUCUCUCUCUUUCUCGUACUCCUUUGCUCUGUCAUUUUUGUCACGCUAUUAAUCUCCAUCCCUCCAUUUCCUUCCUGGCAGUCUCUCUCUCUCCGUCCACUCUCAGUGGCUUCUUACUCCUGUCUGCUCUGAUAAAAGUUCACUCUGUAACAGAGCGACACUAAUCUACCUUCAAAGAGCUUAUCUUACUGUUCAUUUUCUUUGAAUCCAUCUGUCCUUAAGAGUCAGACAUUCCUUUACAAGCCCCUGCUCCCCCUCUGUCCUACUGUACAACAAACUGAGCCAAAGACGAGGAGGAUGAAGCUCCUGCUGUUUGUACUACUGAGUGAAAGAUCAGGGACAGAGUGACCAUUCAUACAUGUGAUCACUAACAUAUCCAAUCAUCAACAACUUGGGAAAAAAUUAAAACUUUUUGUACAAUUAGUUUUUUCUCUUUGAAAAAAGGAAUACAUUGAAACCAAAGCCGCAGCAUUU